AUGGAGAAACAGAUCAUCCCCACUGAGUUGGAAUGGACGAAAUGCAAAGUAUUUCAGUCAGUCGAUGCUUGCUUCUGCCAAGUUAACAAGAGACAUUUGCAGUAUCAAGUUCGACUCGACAUGGAACAAUUAGCAGGACAAAGCCUCGAAUAUCUCUCAGCGACAGCGAAGCAGAAUGCGCUUAUCGGAGCGGGAGUGUGCAUCUUGGCUUUGCUGCUGUCACGAGUGUCUGGUUUAUGUAUGACCGGCCGACCAGACGAUGAGUUGACAGUAGAUGCUUUGUACGUCUAUCCAGUCAAAGGUCUUCGAGGAUGCUCUCUGGACAAGGCAAGAGUAGGUGAAUUUGGCUUUGAAGGCGAUCGGACCUUCUGCCUGCAGAAAGUGAAACGCGAUCCCGAGACAAAGUCCGUAAACUUCGAGACGAUGUUCAUUGGGUACACUCUGCGCCUCGCCCUGUUUGCGACAUAUCUCGAAAAGCAGGAUGGAAGGGACACGGUGGUCGUAACUUGGAACCAUAAAGACAGCACGGCCCGUCUAUCAUGGGCAGGAUCAGAGAACCAGAUUCGCUUCCCUCUUCGGCCGGGAUUGAACGACCUUCAACCCAUCACGGUGAACAUGCAUGGAAGCCCAACGCAGGCCUAUGACAUGGGCGAUGACUUCGCCACGUUCUUCUCGCUUCAUCUGGAGUGCGAAGUCCGCCUCGUCUACAUCGGCCAGUAUUCGAGAGCUGUCUUGGGCUCACUUGCGCCGCACAGCCAAGCAGCCCUUUCAAAAGCGUCGUGGUCCACACGUGUUCUUGCGCGGGUUCCUUUCGUCGGUCGGCCUGCCGAGAGAAUCGUAUUUAAUGAUAUCGGGCAGUAUCUUGUGGUAACGAAAGAGUCCAAUGAUCAGGUAACUUCUCGGCUCGCAGAAGGUCAAGAGAUGGAUGUGACCAAAUUCCGGCCCAAUGUUGUCGUGUCUGGCAGCCCAGGUGCAUUUGCAGAGGACUUCUGGGCUGAGCUUACGUUCGGGGGCGGGCUCAAAAUGGCAUUGACGGCCAACUGUUAUCGCUGUCAGAGCAUCACCGUCGAUUACGCAACGGGAAAAGCGUGCGAGGAUGAUCGCGGUCAAGUAUGGAAGAAGCUCAACAAAGACCGUCGAGUAGACAAGGGAGCGAAGUACUCUCCUGUCUUUGGGAGAUACGGAUUCUGCCGUGACGGUGAUCGAGGGCGUGAGAUAUCCAUCGGCACAAAAGUGUUUGUUACGAAGAAGAAUCCGGCACACACAGUGUUUGAUUGGCCAAACCUCACAAGCUUUGGUACCUCGUAG